UCUUCCUUCUCCCAGGAUCUACAGGUGGCCUGCCGGUUGGUCUCCCUGUUCACACCCCGGAAGCAUCACUGAGCCCUAGCGAGAGAAGAAUCGCAGUUUCAGCAUUCCCAUCAGUGGCAGGGCUGGGGCCAUGGAGGAAGGAGGGCCCCAGGCACAGAAUGAUGCAAGUUUGUGUAUCUGAUGACAGGUGUCUGGGGGGAAGCUGAGAGCUGUAGGAAAGGUCCCCCCCAGAGGACCGGGAAUCCCAAGUUAAUGAUUACAGUGAAGCGGCAGUAAAGGACAAAACCCCAGAGCGUGGGGUGGGGGUGGAGGGGACGACCAGCAGGACUUUGGUGAAACUGAAAAUGAGGUGGAGAGAGGAUUCUGGAUUGCAGGAAAUUCCAAGAGGCAGGCUCUGUGCUCCGUUUGUGAAAAACCGGAGUUUGGAAUGACUGACCAGUGAUAAGCCUAGAGAAGAAGAUUCUGAAAUAUUCGGGAGCAUCUGCUAUCAAAUGAAGGAGACUGGGUUACAAAGAGAAGGAGAUGGAAAAUCAAGGCAGUUUUGAGGAGGGGAGCUUCGCAAUAUUUACAUAGACUAUUUCAGCUGACUGCAGUGUGUCACAGAAGGGAUCUAUAGCAGCAGGCGUGAAGGCUGGGAUUCAUGAGGUGGGCGGAGCAGGGAGCUCCCGUGUGGCUUUCAACCCGGGGCACAGCACGGAGAUAUGCAAAUAUAGUGGCUACCGACAGCGAAGUGUCUGAGGCACCUAGGCUGAGCUCUCAGAGGUGGGUUUGGAAAAGACCUUUGCUCGGAACAGUGCUUAGAAGUGAGCAGGGCUCCCGGAAGUGCCGCAAUUUCUUUAGAUCAUCCGACAGCAUUCUCCGAUGUUUACCAGCUUCAGGGAGAUCAGGCCAUUGUGAAAUUUUUUUUUUUUUUUCUUUAAUAAAACUGGCCCCAGCCAGUCAGACUGGGAACUUACUGCCUGAGCUGUUUUCCAACAUGGUUUUGCUGGCAAAAGCAGACAAGAGUGUUUCCUUGACUCUCGAGGGGCCUGUUUACACUGACUUUAUUUUUACUGCCAGCUUUCAAGUGGGAAGAGGGAGAUUAUAUUUAAAGGUCAGCAGAUGACAGAGAGAUGCUCCCAGUGUGGAAGUGAGAGCUGGAGGGAAGACCUGGGAAGGCCAGCCUCUGGUCCAUGUACACCUUCUCAAAGAAACUUAGCACUGAGACUAACAUUCUUGGGAAACCAACCUGCAAGUGUUGUCCUCCACUGACGGAAAAACCAAGAUGUUGCUGCUCCACUGAGGACUGAACAAGAAGCCAUGAAAUCCCCGACUGCAGGAGACUUGGAAGACUGCCUCCUGGCUAAGGUGGAUGAGAGGCGCCAGCAGGUCUCCCCGAUUGUGGAGGAGGUGCAGAGGAUCGUCCACCACCUGACCGCCGAAAUCAGCCACCAAGACAUUCGAUUCCAGGCUGUCCCUUACUCUGACACGUAUAAUGGGAACAUCAAGGUUUUGGCCCCCAGCCAGUUCCUGGUCACCAUCCCAGUGAAGGGCCUGGCCGGGUACAGGGAGGCCAGGGAGCAACGCUGGCGUUACUACACGCUGCAGGGCGAGAGGCUGUCCUGCCCCUUGCAGGACCCAGAGGGCCUGCAGCAGUGGCUGGAGGUGGAGCAGUUUAUGAAGAGCCUGUGGCAGUGGCAUGAGGCGGAUGUGAACAUUGAGGGCGAUAUUGUGCCCGCCAAGGUCCUCCAGGUGUUCCGGAAGCUGGUAGAAAAUGCGAUUGGAACCUGUCAUCUUUCAGGUAAGGUCAGCAUGCUAACACACCACUCUGCAGUUUGGGUUGCCGUGGAAACAGCCACAGGGCAGGUGGAGCUAGAGCUGGUCCCCGCUGUGGAGAUCCCUACUGCCUGGUCUGCGAAAGCUCGGUGGCCUCCCUGUCUGAGGCGCUGGCCUUCCCGACAGAGAGUGGAGUGCAUCAAGUCCUUUGGGUUUGCCCUGUUGGCCUGUUCCCAUUAUCACUGGCAGCUGAGUUUCCUGCAGGCCGAGCAGGUGCUGCUGGAGCAGCUGGACGAGGACGGGGGCUGCCGCAGGAAGUGUCUCCGGGCCCUGAGGCAGAUGAAGGAGGACGUCUGGUGUCCAGGAAGGAGGCCGGUCAUCACGUCCCACCAUUUGCAGACAGUGCUCUUUUGGACUUGUGAGAAGUACCCACGCCAGAAGGACUGGCGGGUCUUCAGCAAAGCCUUUCUGCGCCUGGUGAGGAAGCUGCACAAGUGUGUAAGCCAGCACUUUCUGAAGCACUAUUUCGUGCGAAAGAGCAACCUCCUCCGGUCUGCCAACUCAGGCGACCUGGACGCUGUCGCCCAGAGGCUGGCCCUCUUUCUGAAGAACCCCCAGAUCAGCCCACCCUGAAGCUGCCCCUGCCUGGGAGGCCCUUGGACACUUGAUCCUGGCUUGACCUCGUUCUCCGUGGACAGAGGCACCCUACAGCAUAGGAGAGUACAAGGACCCAGGAGCACCAAAGAGGGGAGCACUGUACCCCAAGAUGGCUGACCCAGGCCUCCGUGGAGCCAGGAUUUUGGCCCUCACUAGCUACCUCCCUUGGGGACAGCUGUCCGCGGGCUUCCCGGAGCCGCUGAUUCUGAGCUGAUGACAGACUGCGCUGAAUGGAUUCUGCCCUGCUUGGGCUCCGGUUGUCUACGGAAGAGAACGGUGACAGGACCGGUUGGAAGGCCAGGCCUCAGCCUGUGGCCCAGGAGUGGGUCUCCAGCCCACUGGCCAUGGUUCUUCCUGUUCCAUUUGUAAAAUGCAGCUGUGAAAAUGCCUUUGUCAGAGCAGGGCUGCGAGCCUGGGAGACCGUGCUGGGGUCCCCUUAGGAGAAAGACACUGG